CGGAGCUGGAGAAGCAGAAGGGGGUGUCCGGGGCCCGGGGGGGGGGGCCCCCCCGCGAGGCGCUGAAUGGGCUGAGCCGGAGCAGCCUGGAGGAGGCCUUCGGGGGGGGAGAGGGGCUCAAGCGCAGCGCCCUCAGCAGCUCCCUGCGGGACCUCUCCGAUGGCGGGAAACGGGGCCGGCGGAACAGCGUGGGGUCCUUGGACAGCACCAUCGAGGGCUCCAUCAUCAGCAGCCCCCGUCCACAGCCGCGGGGUCCGCCGGGGGGGCCCGGGGCCGCCCCCGAGGGGUACAAGCCCCCCCCCCGGCCCGUCUCCAACUCCUCCUCAUUCCUGGGGUCCCUCUUCGGGAGCCGGCGAGGGAAAGGCCCCCCCGGGCCCCCCCCCGGCGUUGGGGGCCCCGCUUCAGCCUCAGCCUCCUCUUCCUCGGCUUCUUCCUCCCAUCACCAUCACCCCCCCCCGGCCCCCCCAUGGCCGCCGAGGGCCCCUCCAAGCUGCAGGCGCUGCACGCUCAAUACUGCCACGGGGCCGGCGGGGGGGGGGCGGCGGCGGCGGCUGCAGGGGGGGGUCCCGGCCCCCCUCCGCCCCCCCCGUACCCGCAGCAGCCCCCCCCCCCGCCCGCCCCGCGCCCCCCCCGCCGCUCCCGGCCAUCGCCGCCGGCGCCCCCCCCCGCUUCCACGGGGGUCCCACCCCCCCUUUGUCGGCCCCCCCGCAGCAGCACGGCCCCCCCGGGGGGGGGUUCCCCCCCCCGCACCCCCAUUACACCCUGCACCGACCCAAAAGAGGGGGCGCCCCCCCCGGGCCCCCCCGCCAGCCGCUGUCCCCGUUACCCCUGGAGAAGGGGGGGCGGCCCGCGGCCUGGUGAGGGGGCGGCCGGGGGCCUCCAUGGCCCCCUGA